AUGGCGAAGGCAAUUCUACUUCAAGGCAAAGAAACUCUGGACCUUGCCUAUGCCUACGACUUCUAUUGUAAUGGUAAUUGCAACUCUUACCUCUUUGCCAUUUUCAUCGUCCAAUUUGACGGUAUUGGCUUAAUUGCUAAGUACGAUAUUCCACAAGUAGUGUGGUCUGGCAAGCGACACAAUCUUGUAAGGAUCGGUGUGACAUUGGAGCUCAUGUCCAAAGGUGACUUGGUGUUGAAGGAUGCUGAUGGCACAGUUGCUUGGUCCACAAACACUUUUGCAAAGUCCGUUGUAGACUUGAAUUUGAUAGACUUGGGCAACCUUAUGUUGUUUGAUAAAGACAAUGCAACCAUUUGGCAGUCCUUUGAUCACCCAAUCGACUCACUUGUCCUCAGAAAAAAGUUGAGGCAAGGGCAAAGAUUGAUGUUGAGUGUUUCCGAGACAAAUUGGACCGUUGACAGUAUGAUUAAGCUUUCCGUGAAUGGCAAUGGUUUAUUUGCUCAAGUGGAGACUAAUCCUCCUCAAAGAUAUGUCAAGAGUAAUGGCCCAUCUUGGAAUGCAAGCAUUGAGUUUUUAUAUGUUGAGUUUGUAAAUGGAAGCUUGUCUAGGUUCUCAAAUUCUACCUCGAGUUGGAGUUUGAUUUCAAUCCCUCAAGCAUCUUCUGCACAAUACAUGAAGUUGGGUUCGAAUGGGCAUUUGACAAUGUAUGAUUGGUUAUAUGGUUUUAAAGAAGAUCUUUUCAAAAAGUAUCUUAACGACUGUGACUAUCCGACUGUGUGUGGACAAUAUGAAAUUUGCUCCAAUGGUCAAUGUAGUUGUCCGACUUCGAGUUGGGGGAUGAGCUAUUUCCAACGAGUAGAUGAUAGUCGGCCUAAUCUUGGGUGCUCCAAAAAUGUUCCAUUGUCUUGUGGGGCUUCACAACAACAAAGUCUUUUGGAGCUCGAAAAUGUCACCUAUUUCAGUUUCACUCCAAAUCUCGAGGACAUAGAUGCUUCAAGUUGUAAAGAGGCCUACGCAAAGAACGUUCAUGCAAAACAGCUACAUUUCAGUAUGAAUCGGAUCGCAUUAGCAGCAGUUGUUACUUACCAACUCAUGUGUUUUCACUUAUAA